AACAUAUUUUUUAAAGUGAUAAGACACUCGAGUAAGUAUAUGAUAAGUUAAGAUGUUAAUAUUUAGUAAGGGUUUGUGUGCUUGUUUACUAUAAGGAAGAGGAUGGCUUACUACCCGGACCAUCACCUUAACCACAUCACCAACCUGUCCAUUAACUGGCAGUGUUGAAGAGUUAAUUACAGGCAGGAAAAUAUAAAUAUACAAGGAUGGGUGAGGCGGCUUCCUGGGGUGUGGGAGUGUUCUAGUCAGUCUACAGCUCCUUAGACUCUAUGGUAGUAGUCAUGUCUCAUCCCAUACACGUUAUUAAUUGACCUCCCUCUCAUGUAUAAUAAGGUGUGUUGGUUGUGAUGCGUGGUGGAGGGUGGGCCCGGGCAGUACGGGUGGUGGGCGUGGUAGUUUUGUUGUGUGUGGCAUGGCUACAACUUGCACUCCCUCCGCUACCACAUGAUCCACAGUCUGUCCUCGGGGGUAGUGCUCGAGAAACUCCUGAGUUAGAUCCAGCCCUCAAUUUCCAACGAAACCCCUCUUCAAAGUUCCUAAAGUCUAAGACACAAACUUCAAGUUCCUCCUCUGGCUCAAAACUAUCUGCUGAGCAAAUAUUGGAGAUUCGUGAACAGAUUCAACUUCGCAGUGGUAAUGAAACCGUUUUAAAUGAAGAGUUAUUUGGACCAGUACAACCUGACACAAUUGUUAUUGCUGUCCAGGUGCACAAUCGACUUGAGUACUUGCGGCACCUCAUUGUAUCCCUUGCUCAGGCCCGGGAUAUUGAUUCUGUACUUCUGAUAUUCUCUCAUGAUUACUUUGAUGAAGAUAUCAACCAGUUAAUCACCACCAUUGAUUUUUGUAAGGUUAUGCAGAUUUUCUACCCACAUUCACUACAAACUCACCCACAUAGCUUCCCUGGGGAGUCACUAGGGGACUGUCCUAGAGACACUAAACCAGAGGAAGCGGCACAAAGUAAAUGUGUCGGCACACCAGACUUAUACAAACACUACCGAGAGGCACGCUUCACACAGACUAAACAUCACUGGUGGUGGAAGGCCAACAAAAUUUUUGAUGAUGUGUGGAUCUUGAAGAACCACACAGGAUUGGUGCUAUUCUUGGAGGAAGAUCAUUAUGUGGCUGAGGACUUCUUGCACAUGUUGCGACUUCUGGCUGCUGCCAUUCCCCGAGCCUGCUCCAAAUGUUCACUCAUUACUUUAGGAAACUAUCUUAAAAAUUAUAAUUUCCACACCGAUGCAAGAAAGGUUGAAGUGACUCAGUGGGUGUCAUCAAAACACAACAUGGGAUUUGCCUUCAACCAUAGUGUGUGGCAGCAGAUAAAGGCUUGUAGUACUAAGUUUUGUGAUCAUGAUGACUACAACUGGGACUGGUCACUGCUUCAUGUCAGUAACACUUGUUUGACACAGAAGCUGCACACACUUGUUCUUCGUGCACCUCGAGUCUUCCACAUCGGAGAAUGUGGUGUACACCAUAAAAAAAAGGAUUGCAGCUCCCGUGCAGUUCUUAUCAAGGUGCAUCGAGCAUUGCAAGCUGGACAACGCACACUUUUUCCACGUCAGCUUGUGGUUGUUCAUACUCCACCAAAAAAGGUUAAGAAACAUAAAGGCAACGGUGGUUGGGGUGACAAACGUGACCAUGCCCUCUGCCGAUCAUUCAGUGUAUCAACCUCCCCGGAUAGCAACAUAAUUAAUAGCCUAGUCAUUAUGGGUUCAAUGGUCAGUAAUAGCUCAAUAAACAGCAGUACACUAGUCAGAAGUGGCUCUUGAUUAUGGUAUUGCAAAAUUUUUAUACUGAUGUAGAUGAGGCAAGUUAUCAGUGAAGGUGACCUUGAGCCCAGCUCCAUCACUCGUAUACAAUUCUUUACAUACUUUACAGGUCCGUAUCUCUCUUUAUCUUUGUCCAUACAAAAAUUUAUUUAAUUGUUCUCUCCUGUGGGUGAAAGGUUCAAGGUGGCUUCACUAAUGAAUUUAGUUUUAAUGAAAGAAACCAUAUAAUGACAUGGUACCAGAUAUUCUCGACAAUCGACAUGGAUACAGCUGCUCUGAUUAAUGAGUAGUUGUCCAUUAAUAUUUGCUGGCUUAUGCACAACAAUAUUUUAAAGACAUAUUCAUGUAAAGUUCAUAUAUAACUCCUGAAGCUAAUUAAUCAUAAUGAGUAUAAACAGUAACACUACCCAUGGAUGCCAAAGCAUCUUGCUUUUAAAAUGUUUUCUUUUCAUAAUUGGUUGACAGUGUAUCAAUUGGAAACUAAUUUUGUGAUUCUACAAAUAUCAUCAAGACGUCAUGUACGAAGCAGUUAGGAUAUGUAAUUUUUAUUAUAUAUUCUUGUUGCUCAUAAAAGGUAUACAAUAUUGAGAUUGUAAAUUUUCAUUUUUAAUGCAUCAAUGAUGUAUUGUUUUAACUUGGUUUUAAAUCAUGUGUAGUAAGUUUUAUGCAUAUUUUAGAUUUUUUUUAAUUUUUUUUAUUAAAUCUGCUGCUGUUUGUGCUUUGGAAUAAUGUGUCAAAACAGUGUACACUUCUUUUUAAUGUAUUGUGUAAUGUAUGUGCAAACUGUAAAACAUA